GAAAGAAGAAUAAUGCAACCAAAACAAUCUUAUGUCAAUAUUUUAUUAAUUCAAAGAAAUGUUAUUAGUAAUUUUCUUAUAUUGUUAUUAGAAAUGUAAUUAUCUCAAUAAUUGGUUGUGUAAGUUAUACAAAAUGGUUCAAUUUAAAGAAAAUUUCAACGUUUUGUUGACAUCUGUGAAAGUUACGGUAAGUUUUAUUUUCUUUCUGUCACAAAUAGUAUCGAAAAAUAUUUAUUUCUAUAUUACGCAAUGCCAGAUUUAUUAGUAGAAAAUAAAAAGAAAGUUACAGAAGCAUUGAUAAUAAUAGAGAUUAAAUUAGUGUUAGUUUGACGUUGUUUUGUUUGUUUAUAGUUAUCUUGUUAUCCCUCUGUGUGUAUUUGGAACAAUAUUAUAACGCCUCUAGUGAUUUAACGUCUCUUAAAGUGUUCGAUUUUGUAAAUAGAGGUUAUGAGGCUCUAUAUUAUUAUUUUUUAUCUAUUCUCGCAACUUUUCAGUCACAAAAUUAGGUCAAGUAAUUAGUCUUAAGAUGAAAAAUUAUGAAUUUCGAAUCUAAUUAUUUCUUUUACAUUAAUUUAUGCACAAUUCAUAAAAUUAAAAAAUAAUUUUAUUAGUUGAGUAAAGAUUUAUAACCUACUUAUUUGUUUCGCAUUGUAUCAAUUACUUCACUUUAUAUGUAUCUAUCGACAUAAUUUCUUAUUAUAUUAUAUAAGCUCUUGUUGUGUGGAUUAGUUUAAAGAAAUAUUCUUACUUUCAUUUCUUUAUAACAAGAAAAAAUAAUAUUGUGAAAUAGUGCAAUCAAUAAAUCAACUUUUAAAUGGUAGACGAGUACAGGGUGGGUAACGAUAACUGGCGUCGGCCAUAUCUCAUGAACGGAUUAUCUUACGGUUUCAGAGGAAAAGUGGCCCCGAUAAAUACGUUGAUUAUUUUUAUAAUUUUAGAAUUAAAGGACGUACUUGAAAAUAUGAAUUUGAAAUAGUAACUUUUUAAAAGUUACCCAAUUAAGUGGUACUUGAUAUACGAUAAUCGAAUCGCGGUGGGGGAAAGUGGGAACCUUAUUCUGAAAAAAUGUCUGAGUCCGGUUCUGCUCAACCGAUUUUCAUAAACUUGAUAUUAUCCGAAAGGACUUUUGUUCAGUAAUUCAAUUUAUAUAAAUUCUAAGCAAUUUUAUUAGUAACGUGAAUACUAGAAUACCCAAAAUUCCCAUAAAAUGCGAAUAUUCGAAUUUAGAAGCGGUCUCAGUACUAGACAGGCACUAGUUGAAGCCCAAAUACUGGUUCAGAACUGCUACGACCAAAGGGAAAAUGUAGCAUUUUUAGUUACUUAGUUUUGGUUCUGUCAAAAGAUAAAAAAAGAAGAAGAGAGGACUGUGAUAAAAAAGAUGGUAGCUUGUAAACUGAUAAUGAAAGUACUAGUAAAUAAGUAUAGUUUUAAUAAAAUAUAUAAAAACAAGAAAUUGAACAAUAAACAAGGAAACAUGGUGUCAGAAUUGUAGUCAAAAAUCGCCGACAGCUUCAAAAAGAAAAAAAGCGUGUUCCAUAGUUUUAAGUAGUGCAUUUUUAGUUAUAUAGUUUUGGUUCUGUCAAAAGAUAAAAAAAGAAGAGAGAACAGUGAUAGAAAACAUGGUACAUUGUAAACCUUAUAAUGAAAGUACUAAUAAAUAAAAUUACUAGUAAAUAAAUAUAGUUUUGAUGAAACAUGAAGAAAAUGUUAAUAUUGAAUAAGUCAUUUUUUACCCUCUUCGCCGUCUAUGGAUAAAAGUAUAGACAAAAAAAAUUCAACGUAACCUUUGUUAUUUCGUAUUUGCAAAGUGAAAGUGGAUCACGAAAUGAAACAAGAUUUUGCGUCUCUCCUCCUCUUUUAUUUAAUAUUAAAAAAAAAUAAACUGAAAUAGUCAAUAUUUAGUCCCAGCGCAGUCAACCAAAAAGAUUGAAUACUUUGUAUUUCAAAAAUGUCUAAAUGCCCCGAAUAUUUUAUAUUUAUGUGUUUGAUAUUGGGGGUGAGUACAUUCCCAGACGGUGCUCCGGUUGACGCUUGCGUAAAAGAAAGAGUAAAUCAACCCCAUCACGGUCAAGCUAGAUCUCAACCCCCGGAAACUAGCCCUUACCAAUUGUUACAAUCAGCAGCGGAUUACGGACCCGGCACACAAAUAACAGUAACAAUCCAAGGAGUUGCCAAUUUUAAAGGGUUCUUAAUACAGGCUAGGGAUGUUGUAACAAAUGAAUGGAUUGGACAGUGGGUGGAAACACCAAAUACGAAGAUUCACCCAGAAUGCAGUGCCAUCACGCAUAGCGAUCCGAAACCUAAACAAGCGGCAACAUUAGUCUGGCAAGCGCCCAAAAAUUCCAGAGGACAAGUUUAUUUCACGGGAACUGUAUUGAAAGGUUAUUCGGAGUUUUGGUCGAAUUUGGUGUCGCAAAUAGGAGCCUAAAAUUGAUUUUAAAAGAAAAACAAAAUACCAUCAUGUAAAAUUUUAAUUAAUUUUUUUUAUAAUUAUAAAUUAUGAUACAAACAAAAUGUAUAGUAAGCUUAUGUUUAAGCAAUAAUUUAAGGAAUAAAUGAGACACAUUUAAAACAAAAA